AUGGAUGCCAAGUCAGGCUACUGGGCUAUAAAGCUCACAGAAGAGUCUUCCAAGUUGACAACAUUCAACACAGUGUUUGGACGGUACAGAUUCCUGCACUUACCUUUUGGGCUUAAAUCCGCCCAAGACGAGUUCCAGCAGAAAGUGAAUGAGACCUACGAAGAUCUAAAAGGAGUCAUGGCAAUAGUGGAUGACAUUGUCAUAUAUGGCAGACGUAAACAGGAACAUGAUGAAAACUUCCGUGCCAUGCUGCAAUGUUCCAGAGAGAGAGGAGUGAAACUCAACACAGAAAAGAGUGUCGUAUGCGCCACUGAGGUCAGCUACUUUGGGCACCUCAUCAACACUAUUAUAGCCGUUCAUCUUGAGAUGGUCUGCUCCCUCAACACAGACUCCUGUAUCCAUGCCAUAAGGAGAUUCGUAUGCAGACGAGGCCAGGCAAAGCUGGGCAUGAUGAAACCUUGUACCUUGGUGAAGCCAGUAGCAGCGACUCUGGUUGCUGGCAGAAACCUGACUCAGCAGAACAUAGUGCCCAGUCUGCCUGUCCCACCUCUGAAGCAGACCUGUGAGCUCUACCUCAGCUUCCUGGAGCCCAUCGUGGAGGCGGAGGAGCUGAAGCAAACAGAGAUUUUGGUGGAGGAGUUUCUGAAAGCAGGAGGGGUCGGAGAGAGACUGCAGAGAGGCCUGGAGAGGAAAGCAAGCAACACUGAGAACUGGUUAACAGAUGACUAUGUGAAGUUUGAAUAUCUGGACAGACGGAAGCCUGUGGUGGUUUAUUCAAACCACGGGAUGGUCCUUCCCCACAUGAACUUCAGGAAUAAACAGGAACAAAUAAGGUUUGCUGCUGAAAUAAUAUCAGGUUGUCUGAAUGUAAAGACAAUGGUUGACAAUGACACAUUACCUGUGGAGUACAUGGGAGGGAAGCCGCUAUGUAUGAAGCAGUACGAAAGGGUGUUGUCAUCCUGCCGUAUCCCCGGUCCAAAGACGGACACUCUGGUGUUCCACGCCAAGACCUCCAACGCCCCCAAACACAUCAGUGUGGUACACAACUGCCAGUUUUUUGUGCUGGACGUGUACAAUAGUGAUGGGACUCUGCUAACAGUGGAUCAGCUCUAUGUUCAGCUGGAGAGGAUCUGUAAGGCCUCACCACAGACCACCACAGAGCCUGUCGGCAUUCUCACCACCCAGAACCGAGACGUCUGGAGCAGAACCUACAGCAGCCUCAUCCAGGAUGAGACCAACAAAGAAUCACUGUCAGCCAUCGAGAGGAGCAUCUUUACUGUGUGUUUGGACAGAGCAAACCGCCAAGAACCUGAUAAGAUGCGUCACAGUGCUAUUCUGCAGAUACUGCAUGGAGGAGGCAGCCAGUGUAACAGUGGAAACCGAUGGUUUGAUAAGGGGUUGCAGCUCAUUAUUGGAGAAGACGGGACGUGUGGUGCGAACGGCUCACACUCUGCUGCUGAUGGUACAGCCUGUAUGGGGUUAGGUGACCAUACUGUAGCAUGCAUGAUGAAGCCAAAGAUGACUCAGUCUCACACGGAGCCUCUGCCCCUGCCCCUGCCCCAGAAACUACAUUUCAAAAUCACGCCUGAGAUCAAAAAGGACAUCGAGGACGCCAAACAGCACAUUGACAGAAUGGCCCGAGACCUGAAUCUGAGGGUUACAGUGUUUGAGCACUUUGGGAAAAAUUACUUGAAGGCCCACAAGAUAAGCCCAGAUGCUUUUGUACAGAUGGCUUUACAGCUGGCCUACUACAGGAUGUACCAGCAGUGCUGUUCAACGUUUGAACCCGCUUCCCUGCGUAUGUUCAAACUGGGCCGUGUAGCUGGGAUCCAUUCAAACUCGAAAGCAUCCGCCGCCUUUGUCAAGGCCUUUGAUGACCCCAACAUAAAGAACUCAGUGAAGGUGGAUUUAUUGGACAAAGCUGUAAAAGCUCACAAGUGGUACACUCACAUGGCAAUCAAUGGUCAGGCAAUAGAAGGACACCUAUUGGGUCUGAGGAUGCAGACUGGGGAGGAAAACAUCUCCAUGCCUGAACUCUUCACAGACAGCUCCUUCACCAAAGCCUUUAACUAUCAAAUCUCUACAAGUCAGGUAAUAUCAAAAUCCAGCAGUCUACCAUGUGUUGGCCCUGAAACCCCUGACAUAUACGAUGUGUGCUACAGUGUUCUGAGCGAUCGCAUCAGCUUAAUAGUGUCCCGCUUUGAACCUCCCAACACCUGCAAAGAAAAAAAUGCAGAAUGUCUCAUAGAAGCCAUGGUGGAUGCACUGUUGGACAUGAGGACAAUGCUGGAACUCCAAGAGGCAGUUUGA